AUGACUAUUACCGAGAAAUACGAGUUCUGGGCUGGCAACCCCAGCGUUCACAUGAGCACGGGGUUGAUCUACGUCCACGACUUCGACUUCAAUACCAAGACGGGGCGGUCCUCAUCGUCGUCGUCAUCAUCAUCUACUGCUGCUGGUGGUGUGUCGGUGGACUAUGAUGGCUUCGAACCAACUGUCCUAUUGUGUCCGUCAGUGCCAAAGGACACUCCUCCUACAGAGGUCGUGGCAAUAUGGGAGUCCUAUCAGGCUGGAGUUGAGCAGUAUAAGGUCCUGCAUGGGCCUUACCCUGAGUCUUAUCUACUCCUAGUCCUAGUAGGAGGAUCAGAUUCCCACGCCAAUGCCAGGCAGCUUGUCGGAGGAGCCAGUAGUUCCCUGCCUUUGCUGGAGGUCACUGGUUGCCGUAUUGACGGCGCCAUCUCGAAAUCCGUAGAUGACGUUUUAGCACCGGUACAGCUCUUCGCGCCGGUUCUCACCAAAGACCAUCAAUGCAGUAUAUGUCUCGAUCCACUACUGUACUCCCCCAGUGCGACUUCUACUGGCGGGCAGGCAUCUUGUGGAGGCGGUGGAGUUGCAUUGACGAUAUUAUGCGGUCAUGCCCAGUAUGUCGCUUCCAGCAAUACCCGUCACGGCUGUGACACUCAAGGGUAUCCAAGCUUAAUCGAGGAAACAUUCUUGGUGGACGACCGCCACCACUAUACUCAUGCAUAUGCCCACUUCCUGGAGUCUGAUCACGCCUUUGCCAUGCAGGUCUCCACUCAGUCGGUGUUUGAUUUCUCUGAAGGCGGCUACGUUGGGCUCACAGGCAGGGCCUCUCAAGAUGGCUGUGCCGAUGGGGAGGGUAGUGAUGAUAGCAAAGAUUCGUGUAAGAAGGUCAAACAUGUUGCGAAGAAAAUACUGCAAGGAGACGAGGAAAAUAUCAUGUCCGAGUUCAACGAGGUGUAUGCUACCCUGCAGGAGUCGCAGCAGCAACAUUACGAGGAUAUAUUUGAGGAAAUUCGCGCACGAAAUAGAGAGAGCUAUUCCAAUGCCACGGGUCAACGUGAUGAAGUACUGUCGAGACUCUGCGAUGCUAAGGAUGAGCUCGAUAGUGUUGAGGAAGACAGAGCCCAGCUAAGGUCAGAGGAAGAGGAUAUCAAGGCUUCAUUGGAACGGUUACGUGUUGAUUGCAGCGAUUUGGACGACCAAAGGCAAGAACUUCGUGAAGAAGUGGCUCGGCUGAAGAAAGAUCUGCAACGGCGACAAAUAGCAUCGACGGUUCGGACGAAGAAGCUCCACGAUGAGAAGGCCGACCUUCGAGAGCAAAUCAAUGAUUUAAAGCAGUACUUGAGCAUGCGAGCCCAAGUCCGGAAAUCGGGCGCUACUGAUGCCGACGUACAGGGCAGUUUCGUCAUAGCGCAGAAUGCUGGGAAUCGUCGUGCUCGGCGGGGCCGGCGUUGA